AUGUUUCAUGAUGUUCCAUCUUCUAUCAAAAUCCUGGAGGGCUACAUGAAAUUGACUCCAUUUGGGGCUCAUCCUUUAACCCCUGAAUUGCAAACAAUAAUCGCUAAGUCAGAUAAACCCAAGAAAGGGGAAAGGCAAACAUCUCGCAAGCGCAAGACUCCCACUCCUAGUGAAAGCGCAGAUUCGGAGUUUGAUACUCAGUCCGACAUUCGUAAUGAGGAGGAGCACAACAGAGAAGUUCACAUUGAAGAGGUUCACAAUGAGGAGGUUCACCAUGAAGAUGUUCAUAACGAUAAUGACAUCGUUCACAAUGAAGAACAACAAUCAAAUCCUGAGGUAACUCCAAUUAUCAACGAUUUUGUUCCUUCUCCUCCUCCAUCCCCUAACACCACUUCUAUCCUAAUCACCAUUACACCAUGCCCUCCACCUAUCUCUACUCAAAUAUUACCAUUCAUUUGUCUAUUCCAAUCUUCACUGAAUCCACACCCCCACCAACUACAUAAGCCACACCUGCUUUUUCUAUCAACACAUCAGAUACGGGGAAUGGAGUAUCAGGAUGAUUUCCAAGGCUUUACUUUCAGUCCAUUCACCAUCAGAACUGAAGUUGAUGAUGACGUUCCAGUAAUGAAGGGGCAACUCCAAGCCAUUCAUGACAAGCUUGAUUCAUUGCUUCAAGCAUCUAAGCCUUCUGACGACUACUCUCAAGCCUCUGUCAAGUCCAUCCUCAAAACUCUCACCAAGGAACAUUCAUCCAAUCUUGCAAGGAUGAAUAAUGUAGUAGAUGGAUCUACAAAAGUCUACAACGAAAUGAUCGAAAAAGUCGAUAAACUAAUCUCUGAUACUUGGGUGUUUAUGGAAAAUUUUCAGCAGUCAUUUGAUUCCAACAUAGUUGCGAAAAACCAAGUGAUUUCCAGCUUGAGCACUUCUCUCAAGUCUGAAAGGGCCAAAUUUCUAGACAUUCGCAAUGGUCUUAAAGGUGGCCAUGAGAAGUUCCAGUCUUGCAUCUCUUCUCAACUCUCCAACCUUCAAGAUGUUCUUGCGAUAGAAAGCAAAGUAAUGGAUGUCCUCGCUAUGAAGACUGAGAAAGUUAAAACACUUUCUCUGAAGCUCGAACAUUCAAAGAAAUAG